CGGGUUGUUGCCUGCUAGUGCUGCUAGGUGUCAUUACAUUUACCGGGUGUUGCUUGGGGCUGAGAGCUCCAUUUGUUGCCUCGUUGUGCCUUACUCCAUACCUGGGCAACCAGCGUACACUAGAGAUAUAUUUGCAGCGCACAUGAGCACCCGAACUGUUAGGAUCGCUGUGCUGGGUGAUCCAGAAACUGGAAAGACCUCUCUAAUCAGCACAGCGGCUAAUGACACGUUCGAUGCACGUCCUGUGCCUACGCUUCCACCUACAAAGUUGCCUCUGGACUUUGCACCAGAGCGCAUUCCGAUAUUGCUAACUGAUACUUCAGCACGACCAGAAGAUGCCAGGGCGCUUGAUGCUGUUAUCAGGGAGAGCGACGCUGUGGUCGUCUGCUUCGAUCCCAAGAAGCCGGUGACGUUGGAGAGCGUACGCACGACGUGGUACCCACGUAUCCAGAGGCUCAACCCGGACAUUCCAAUCGUACUGGCGUGCUGCAAGGCAGACCGAUUGUCAGAGCGGGACAGCCCUAACGUUCGCGAGCGGGUGGAGCGCGUCGCCCGUGACCUCCCCAACGUGGAGUGCUGCCUGAACUGCUCGUCCAAGUACAACAGGAUGGUGCAUGACGUGUUCCUGUACGCGCUCAAGGCGGUGCUGUACCCGCUGCAGCCGCUGUACGACAGGACGGAUCGCGUCAUGCGCCAGGCAGCCAUCCGCGCCCUCAAACGCAUCUUCAUCAUCUUUGAUCAGGACAAGGAUGGCACGCUGUCGGACGUUGAGAUCAACAACUUCCAGUCCACCUGCUUCGGCAUCUCCCUGAGCGCCGAGGAGCUGCACGGCAUCAAGCAGGUGGUGCGGCAGCAGGUGCCGGGCGGCUACACGGACACGGGCCUCACGCUGGAAGGCUUCUUGUUCCUGCAGGGUCUGUUCAUCGAGCGUGGGCGGCUGGAAACGGUGUGGCAGGUCCUCCGCCGCUUCGGCUACAAUGAUCAGCUGCGCCUGAGUGACGAGCUGCUGGACCGGGUCAACGUGCAGCUGCCGCCAGACCAGGUUCUGGAGCUGAGCGACACAGCGGUUGCCUUCCUGCAGCAGCAGUUCACGCUGUACGACGCGCGGGACGAGGGCAUGCUGAGCUGGGAGCAGCUGCAGGGGCUGUUCAGCACCGCCCCCUGCCUACCCACGGAGUGGCAGAACGAGCGGGUCAACCGGUUGAUGGUGUGCGGCACGUACGGCGCCGUACACAGCCUCGACGGCUUCAUCGCCCGGUGGCGCUACUGCGCGCUGACCGAUCCACGGGCCACCCUGGCGCACCUGCUUUACCUGGGCUAUGAGGGCGGUCCCGCAGAGCUGCUGGUGCGGCGGCAGCGGCGGCGGCCGGACAAGAGGCACCGGGAGGAGAUGGCGGAGAGGACCACGGUGCUCUGCUACGUGUUCGGGUCGGCUGGCUGCGGCAAAUCCACGCUGCUGCGGGCGCUGGCAGGCCGCCGCGCUGACGACGCCGCGGCAGGAGGCGCCAGCGGCUCCGGAGGCGCGGCUGCUGGCGCCAGCGGCAGCGGUGCGGGCGGGCAGCAGAUGUCGUCGUACACUGCAAGUCGUGGUGCGCCGCCGCUGACGGGCGUGGCAACCGUGCGUUGCGACGACACGAAAGAGCGGACGCUGGCGAUGGUGGAGGUGCCGGAGGACCUCACCAACGAGCUGCUCACCGCCGCCACCCUGUCGGGCCGCCCCGCCUCCUCGCCCGCAUGCGGCGCUUCCUCGGCCUCCGCCGCCUCCGCUACCCUCCUGCCUGCAACCUCGUCCUCCGGCCCCGCACCAGCCGCCGCGGCUGCAGGCCCCUCCUCCGGAUCUGGCUCGGCUGUAGCGCCAGCUACUGGCACCGCCGCGGAUGCCCCGGGGACUGGAGGCCCUGCUGCUGGCAGCGGCCCCUCGACCUCGACCUCCGCGUCUGGCGCCGGUAGCUCCUCUGAGACACAACCAACAGCGGCGGCGGCUUCAAGCACCCCUGCUGUCGCUGCUCCAGCUGGCUCCGUGUCAGCCCCGGGAGCAGGAGGAGCCGCGGCUUCUCCGGGCGUGGUGGCUGCGGGUGGCAGCCCGGGGGCCGUGUACAGCCUGCCCGACCUGGCGCGCUGUGACUGCGCGGUGUUUGUGUUCGACAGCACGAGUGCGGAGUCCUGGGCGUGGGCGCACCGCUCCAUGCUCACGUUGUGCAGCCUGCCGGGUUGCGAGACGCUGCCGGUGCUGCUGGUGGCCGCCAAGGACGAUGUGGGCAUGUGCGGCGAGCUGCGGGAGCAGGUGACAGUGGCUUGCGCGGACCUGGCGCUGCCUGAACCGGUGCCGGUGGCGGCAGCGGAUAUGACCAGCAUGGGGCGGCUCUUCAGGCAAACCCUGACCACCGCGCUGCUGGCUCCCGAGGCGCACAUCCCCGACACGCCCGCGCGCAAGUCCCGCCGCCGCCUGCAGCGCCGACUCGUCGCGGGCGGCGUCGCCGUGGCACUGCUGGGCCUGGGCGGCUACUGCCUGUACGCUAUGUACUCGCAGGGCUCACAGGACAGCAGCAGCAGCGCAGGCGGCGGAGGCAAGUUUGAUGCUGGAGGAGCAGGUGGCAGUGGGGGCGGUGCAGGUAGCGGCGCCGACGUAUCAAUGGUGGCGGCGCCCGCAGCUGGCGGCGGCGUGGUGGCUGCGACGCCCAGCACAGGGAAGAUGUCGUUGCUUGGGAUCUUCUCGUGAGGGUGGUGACGUGGGUUAUGGCGUUUUCACUGGGUAGUGGGUCUCGUACAUUAAAUAGUUAGAGAGGGAGGGCGGCUUUGGCGAUUGAUGGUGUUACACAAGUGGGAAAACAGGUGGUGCUGGCUGUGGUCUAGCUGGAUGGAUUAGGAAUUAGCGGGUUUAUCCGCCAAACAACGUGCGGGAAUGUGUGCGGAGGAAGUAUAGGAGGUAUGCUGUCCAUGCGCGGGUGCCUGGUGCUUCUUUAUAGCGUUGUACAGCAGACGGCUCGGGAGCUGUGGACACCGGUAACCUAGUUUGCGCCGUAAAGUAGCAAGAAGACACGUUUCUGGAUGUGCGGGUCUGUUAUUGGGGCGCAGUACUUGCUAUAUCUCCUAUCCAGUUGCGUCCCCAACCCUCCUCCAGAACUGUGAUUGCUGAUUCUCUGAUGAGCUCACUGGUAGCGUUGCUUGUCAAGGAAUGCUGUAUCGUAGCUGUCGCGCAUUGUGAUGUCUAAUGUGGGGUUUGGAAUGGCGCUAAAAUGGGCAAAUGUACGCAUGUAGUGGCAUGCAAUGCCCUGAUACCCAAUGGGAUUGAAUGAGAGACUCGCUGUUGCCAUAAUGGCCCGCUAGCAGUAAUCCCCAGCGUGCAGGAUUUAGACAGGAAAACCUUGCAGACAGUUACAAUGAGGGCAAAGCAUUAAUUGCGCCCAUAGUUCCGUUGCCAAAUCCAUGC